AUGUGGGACAAUAUUGCCAGCGAAGCAACUGGAGCGGCCGGCGCGGUGAAAUAUGCCGCCAAGGGCGUGGCUGGGGCUGUGCAUGGCGCUGUAGGGGUCGCCCGAAGUGGUGGCACGGGGCUUUUGGUUUUGGUGGCUUCAGUUGGUGUGACAUCAGCCUUGGUCUAUUUUUUCGUGUGCUCUUGGGGUCCCAAGGCUGCCCCUUCGGGUGGCUUCAUUCCAGCAGCCGCUGCGUUCCCACACCCGCAAGGGUGGCCAGGCUCACCUGGAGAAAUGAGUGUGCAGGGCAACUACCGGCCGCCAGCUACGCGCACUAGCUACUCACAGGCUGGAGGCCUUUCCUUGAAUCACCGUUAUGCCGGAGGUUCUGCCUACCCGUAUGGGAACCUGCCUGGCCGAGAUCCGCAGGAAGAGCCAUAA